CGUAGUAACGCCGGAUGACGUGUUUGGGCCAUUUUGCAAACAAAAUUGCUGUCAGAGUCAUAUUGACAAUAGUCAUUUCCUGACCACAUCAAAGUAAAACAAUGAUUUUACGGUUAGCUUUAGUGGGAAUUAUCUUCUGUCUAUCGGAGGCAUUUUAUUUGCCAGGUCUAGCGCCUCAAACAUACUGCGAGACGAAUGUGGAAAAUUGCAAAAAAGAUAUCCCGAUAUAUGUCAAUCGUCUGAACUCCUUGGAAACAGUGAUACCUUACGAAUAUGACAAGUUUGACCUGUGUCAGGACACCUCAGAGGAGCAUGCGCCAGUUGAGAAUCUUGGUCAGGUUGUGUUUGGUGAAAGAAUAAAGAAAUCACCAAUUAUGCUUGAGUUUAAGAAGAAUGUGGAAUGUGCGAGUAUCUGUAUAAAAACAUACAAGAAGGAUGAUAAAGACAGCUCAAAGAAGCUCAACUUCAUGCGAAAAAGCAUUGAACUGAACUACAAUCAGCACUGGAUCAUAGACAACAUGCCAGCAACAUGGUGUUACAUUGUUGAAGAUGGAAGCACUUACUGCUCACGUGGAUUUCCGCUCGGCUGCUUCGUCGAUGCCAAGGGAAAGCAGAAGGAUAGCUGUGUUAUGAGUAGUAAAUACAGUGAAAAGAGCACAUUUUAUUUCUUCAAUCAUGUGGACAUUCAUGUUCGCUAUCACCCUGGGUCUGGGGAGGAGUGGGGCAAGACUAUCCCGACUGGGGGCAGGAUUAUUUCUGCAAAAAUUGUUCCGAAAAGCAUCAAGUUUGAUAACAAUGCCAGUGGUAAACAGAUGUGCACGGAUCAGCUACCCAUGGGAGUCAAAGCUGGAAAGAUUGACACAGAUGAUCUGAAAAUCCGCUACACUUAUUCAGUAGUUUGGGAGGAGGACAGAAACACAAAAUGGUCAUCACGAUGGGAUUACAUUCUGGAAUCUAUGCCCCACACUAACAUCCAGUGGUUUAGCAUCAUGAACUCGCUGGUGAUUGUGUUGUUCCUGUCGGGAAUGGUAGCGAUGAUCAUGCUCCGAACUCUCCACAAGGACAUCGCCAGAUAUAACCAGAUUGACAAUUCUGAGGAAGCUCAGGAGGAGUUUGGCUGGAAGCUGGUUCAUGGUGACGCAUUCCGUCCCCCACGUAAAGGCAUGUUGCUGGCCAUACUGAAUGGCAGUGGCGUACAGAUCUUCUUCAUGACUCUUAUAACACUAGUGUUUGCGUGUUUAGGGUUCCUCUCACCAGCAAACCGUGGGGCGCUGAUGACCUGCUCCCUCGUCCUGUACGUGUGUCUUGGAACACCUGCGGGAUACGUGUCCGCCAGGCUGUAUAAAACUUUUGGUGGUGAAAAGUGGAAAUCAAAUGUUAUCUUGACAUCUUUCCUAUGCCCAGGAAUUGUGUUUGCAAUAUUUUUCAUUCUAAACCUGGUGUUAUGGAUCGAGGGAUCGAGUGCCGCUAUUCCAUUUACCACCCUGCUGGCCCUUCUGGCUCUCUGGUUCGGAAUUUCCGUGCCUCUGACGUUUGUUGGGGCGUACUUUGGCUUCAAGAAAAGGCCGAUUGAGCACCCUGUGCGCACAAACCAGAUACCUCGUCAAAUCCCAGACCAGACCAUCUACACGAAACCAAUUCCCGGAAUCGUCAUGGGUGGCGUGCUGCCGUUCGGCUGCAUCUUCAUUCAACUGUUCUUCAUUCUCAACAGUAUCUGGUCUGCGCAGACAUACUACAUGUUUGGUUUCCUGUUCCUGGUCUUCACCAUCCUCAUCAUCACAUGCUCUGAGGCCACCAUCCUGCUCUGCUAUUUCCAUCUAUGUGCUGAGGACUACCACUGGUGGUGGCGUUCGUUCCUGACGAGUGGAUUCACGGCAGUGUAUUUCUUCAUCUACUGUAUCCACUACUACGUGUCCAAGCUCGAACUGGUCGGAGCCGCCAGUACGCUGCUCUACUUCGGCUACAUGACAAUCGUCGUAUUCCUCUUCUUCAUGCUCACAGGAACAAUUGGAUUCUUUGCCUGUUUCUGGUUCGUGACAAAAAUCUACAGCGUGGUCAAGGUCGACUGAGAGGUCAAGGUCAUUGACAGGACAAGGUCACCUUCUGUUCGAGAUGACAUGUGCUCGUGCUAAUAGGCCUUGAAUCCCAACAGGGGUGUAUGGAUUCUGCAAUUACCCUUGCGAAAUAUGAAAUUAUGUAUUCUUUGAACAAAUGUAAGAGAAAGAAAAAUAAACAUUGUAUUUUUGAAACUCGUUCUGUGCAGGUUUUUGAAAUGUAUAGUGUCUUGCUUUGAUGUUUUAAACAAUUAAACAUUAAGGACUAUAUUAUAUAGCUUAUAUAUUGGUUGUACCAUGUGUAUGAGUAGAUAUAGUAAUUUAUUAAUAAUUUAUCAUUCAGGACUUUAUUCAAUAGUUUAUGUACUGGUUGUACCAUAUUAUUGAGUAGAUGUUGUAACAUAUUUAUAAUAUUGUUUAGUUUAGCCUUUGAAAGCAGGCAAGGUAAAUGAAAUGGGGGUGACCUGCAAUUGAAUCUCUGUUAAUGCUUUGAGUUUAUUUAUUUGAUAUUUUUGUGUUUGUUCGAAGAAUACAACUUUCUUAUAAACUCUGUGGUUGAACUUGUACAAACGUAUGAUAAAUGUGCUGGUAUCAUUUCUCCAGAUAAUGGAAACACUCGCAGUCUUUGGUUAAAAGCAUUUCCAUAAGCACCUUUUCUGUCGCUCCGCUCCGCUUACCUAUAUUUUCAGUUAUUUGACGGGGGCCGGUUUCUAUAAAGAUCUUAAUCAAUCUUAAGUCAUAAAUUGAAAUUGCGUAGUGUCAUUUGUUAUUCAGUAUUAGAAAUGAGCACAAAAUGUGUACCUUAAGAAACAAAAAAAUUAACAUGUUGCCAUUUGCGACAUUUCGACAGACUUAAUAAUAGCAAAGUUAUGACAAAGAUCCUGUAAUGAAGCGGGCCCCAGUACAUGUAAUUCUGAUAUGGAUAUUAAGCGAAUAUGCAAUUGAAAAGUUUCAGAGCUACGUAAAUCAUUCAAUAUUUCAAGUAUAUCAUGUGUCGAAUAUUGUCUAGUUUUUUAGAAUUAUUUGUAUUGUCAAUCCAUAUCUAUAUUUUACAGAAUCCAUACGAAGAAGCUAUGGUUUAUUAUUGAAAAGUUAUGUUAUUAAAUGAUUAACGGCUGGAGAAAAAAACUGAAAGUUAAGGAAUCUUAUUUUCGUUAAUUAGACAUUUAUUUUAUGGAAAUACUCUUGACUUAAGACUGCUUCUAUGUGAAAACGUUGUGAAAUUGUGUUUUGUGAGGUAUUUUGGUUACAGAAGAAAUGUGUUAAAAAGGCUGUGCUUUGAAACAGACAGCCCUUUCCAUUUCAGCUCUUGUUCUACAGUUACUCUUGAUUUAAGUUGCUUAAAGACCAGAACACAAAAUCCUUGAUUUGCAUUAAAUCUUAAAUUAAAGUAAAAAAAAAAUAUCAUAGCUAAAUAUUUAAUGCUUACAUAUCAUCAAGUUUUUUUUUGCAAGAUUAUUCACUUGUAUUAUAAGAAUAUCAUGCACAUGUAUUUCUUUUUUUAUUCCUUUGAUAUAAGUAACGCGGUCUAUUUAAAUACAUUCUUAAUAAUAUUUGAAAACGCAAGUUUCAUAUACAUAUUAAGAAAGCUAUUAAAUUAUUGUAUGUAAAUAAUACUUAUAAAGAUUAGUUAGUACUAUCUGCAUUCUACAUACAUUAUGUAGUUGGUGGUUCCAUAGUUGAAUUCUUGCGAUUAUUCUGAUGCAGAUUUGUAUAAAUGGGUUGACACGAAAGCAUAAUGAGCAAUUGGAUGUACUCCCGCAUGAUGUUGGUCUUUGAGAUUCUGUGAUAACGUAGAUUGUGUGAAAGAAAUAGUAUUCUUUUAAAUGGCUGUUCUUUUUCAUCUACUUUGUCAUGAUAAUGAAAUACAUAUUUUUCAUUCCACUGUAUUUAAUUGUAUGUGCAUCGUGGUUUAUACAUUUUUUUCAUUUGAAAUUUUCUGUUUUGUGUUUGACCAUUAUUCCACUGAGUGUGGUAUGAUCAUAGUUGUGUUUUUCUUCAUUUUGAUUGAAUUAUCAAACUAGAUAUUAAUCGCUUUUUGAUUGUUGAAUGAUUAUUAUUAUUACCAGUAAAAUCAGCCAACUAUUCCUAUAACAUAAUGGAUCAAGUUUAAUACGUAGCUGAUAUUGUUUUAGUGUUAAGCUGUGUCUUGGUAUUUAAAUGUUUUCUUAUUCUUAUACUCAAGAAAUAGCAUCAAAUUCAUACUUUCAGGUAGUAAUAAGAUGGAAUAUGAUUUACACAAACCUUGAUUUAAACAUUGCAACACCAAAAAAAAUAAAUAAUAUGGUACCAUCAUAUUGAAUAUCAUGAUCAUGGGAAUCCUUUUGUUAUUUUCUUUAAGAUUUAUUGUUUGUUUGUUAAGCGAUUGUAUUAUAGUUUUAGAUAUGUUUGGUUUCUAUUAUUGAACCAUUUAUGGCUCAAUGUGGGCUUAUGCGAUAUUUAAGAAAUAAAAAUAACUUGAAUAUA